AUGGAACUAAUGGUUCGAUCAUCAUUCUCGGAUCCGGGUAGUUUCUUUGGGCUGAUGAGCAUGUGCGCUGCACAUCGAGCCGUUCUCGCAAGCCAGCGAUCGGGUAAUUGGGACUCGGUGCUUACCAACGACCCUGACUAUUGUAUGAUGAGAGCAAAGUCCAUUCAAGAGAUGAGCGCAAAAGUACGGGAUCCGAGUCGCAGACUCAGCAAUGAGGCAUUUGAUACCAUAAUCAACCUUCUCACUGGUUCGCUGAUUAUCGGAGAGUUCAGCGAGGUUCAUACUCAUCUAACAGGGCUAAAAAGUAUGGUUGAUUUGCGGGGUGGAAUAACAGACGAGAGUAUUCGUUCUUCCUCAAUGUUAUCUGCCAUUAUCACAACCGACAUCAAGGCCGCCUCGGGCCUAAUGACCAAACCCGUCUUUCCAUUAACUUGGGAUGCACAGCCAAUCCCUUCGGAGAUCCAACAACGAAUCAGACCACUGGCUUCAUCGCCUCUCAACAGACUAGGCACGGGAUUUUCGGCCAAUACAUUCCUCAGCCCCUCCUUAUUGAAAAUUAUAAGUGUGCUUCGUGACAUGGUAUUCUUUAGCAUCACUUAUCAGACAAAUCCUACAGUCAUUAAACCUGGCGACCAAGACUUUUUCCGCAUCCUCAAUUGCGAAGCAGAGCACCAACUUCUCAGCUAUAUCUAUGCAGAAGGCUCCCCCAACCCGGAGCCCAAUCUUCAUCCGGUUGAAGCAGUCACUCGAGUGGCAUCUAUUUGUUAUCUCAAUCAUUUCCUGAUUGUCUCGCCUUCAUCAUCUGGGUUGGGUCGAGCCCUUACGAAACACCUCAAGACAGCGUUGGAUGGCUGCAAAUUGUCUCUUCUUGUGGGAUUACCAAACCAAACCUUUGGACUUUAUGUUUGGGCUUUAUUUGUCGGAGCCCAAGGUGCCCUUGGCCAACCUGAGAGACAAUGGUUUGUAGAGCGGCUGGCCCGUGUUGCAAUGAUAUGUGGAUGGCAAUCAUGGGAGCAAAUUUCGAAACUUAUGACUGAAUUUUUCUUUGUUGCGGCUUUGGACAGCUUAAAUUGGCGCUCUAUCUGGGACGAAGCGAUGACUGGGUUUGUUAUAUCCGAGUCGGAGGAACUGGAAUUCUCAUCUCUUCUUGGAACGGGUGCACUCUCCCUUACUUAG